AUGAGCCACCCUUUGGUGUUCUGCCUAUGGAUACUUUGCACUAGCUUUUUGACUUUGGGAUUCUGGUCUGUCGUCAGUAUUGUUCAAAAUGUUCGUCUUGCGCGAACCACGGGUCUACCCUUCGUGGUUUUACCGUUUUCGUUGCUCGGCGCACCAUGGCCGCUGGCCCAAUCCAUCGUGUUUUGGCACAAUGGCUACGAGCCGUUUGAACGACUCAAGACCGAAACUUUCUUAGCCGUCUCACCAGGCGGGCUCAUCCUUUACACGUGUGAUCCAGAUGUCAACUCGCGUCUCUAUCGCAAGGUCACAGGACCUUUCUUCUCCGAAAAUACCAUGUGCCGCGUCUUUGUUCACUCGGUAUCUGGAGCUAAGAUUCUUCUUGCUGCCCUGGUUCGCCCAGGUGCCUAUCGCCAACUACGAGCAAUGUCCGCAAGACUUUGUCUUCAUACACUAACUCGAAUGGCUUUCAGCUUCCAAACCGACGUCGACCUGACCCAGGCCCUGGCCUUCCAAGAUGAUAUACCAGAUGGUAAGACGCUGAGUUUCAGUCAGGCUUUACACGGGUUUGUGGAUUCCUUAGUCACGGUAUUCAUUGCUCCUCACUGGCUUUUACGUUUGUCCCCGUUUCGGUCCCACCGUCGUGCUGUCGCAUGCUACUCAGAGCUUGGAUCAUACAUGAACCAGCUCAAGCGGACUAGAGAGGACGAGUUCUCCGAGAAAUCCGUUCCUGGGUAUUCUUCGCACGAGGACCUCCUCGAUCUCCUCGUGCAAGCGGGUACAUCUUCUCAAGCCAAAGAAAGCCCCAGGUUGAGCAAUGCUCAAAUCAUCGGCCAGAUCUUUCUUUUCAUGUUCGCGGGACACGAAGCCAACGCCAACAUCCUUGUUUCUAUCGUCCUUCUUUUGGCAUGUCAUCCCGAAGUCCAGAAGGCGCUACAGCGCGACCUCGACAGUAUUCUUGGCGAUACAUCCCCAGACACAUGGUCGUAUGACGAACACUAUAGUGCGCUCAUGCACUCGACCGUUGGUGCGAUAAUCAACGAGACUCUCCGCCUCUUUACCGUUAUACCCGUCCUGCCAAAACAUGUCCCACCCGAGGGUCGCUGGCUCUCUAUCACCGUCAAGGACCAAUGUCAUCCACUGCCGCCGAACACAAUUGCCCUCAUCAACACGAGCGCAACUCAUCGGCAUCCAGAAUACUGGCUUAAUAAGCCAGCAACAAAAAAGGCAGACAAGCGGUCUUCUUGGAGGGAUAUCAGGAGCGACCCCCGUCAACGUCCCUACGCUGUGGUGGAUUUCGAUCCAUCAAGGUGGCUGGACCCCGGAAGCACGGAUGAAACAGGUGCCCAGGCAAAUUCGGCGAAUUUCCUAAAGCCUCGAGCUGGGACUUUCAUCCCCUUCUCCGAGGGCAGUCGCGGAUGCCUCGGGCGGCGAUUUGCACUAGUGGAAGUCUGUGCUGUGGUCGCGACGCUGUUCAAGACGCACUCGGUUGAGCUAGUGGCAGACACCCGAAAUGGCUCGGUUGGGGAGGAAGAAGCGUGGUUGGAAGCACGGCAAUGUGCUGCGCUCACGCUCUCCGAGGGAACCAAGUUUGGCACGAGCUUGCGGGUUGUGGACGUUGUACCUAUCAGAUUCGUUCCAAGAAAACCUCAAUCAAGUUGUCGCGUUGCUGAGGAACACGUGUAG